AUGUUUAAAAUCUUCUUCUUAACUAUACUUGCUUGUUUCUUAAUUGCCAGCAUAGGUACUUCACUAGCUGAUGAUGUUUUUGUAUCCAGAUAGAUGAAUCUCUAAGAUAAUGAGGAGAAGUUAAAUAAACCCUGGGGUGAGGAUGAUUCAAAUGAUUUAGAUCAAUUAAACCAAACUUAAAACACAAAUCAAACUAAAGCAAGUGAACAAAUGGCUGGAGAAUUCCGUAACGUAAAAAGGAUCAUCUAGAAUUCCUAAGUAAAAAACAAUUCUAAUUAACAGCCAAAAAUAGAAGAUGAUAAGAUAAGAUUCCAUAUUAUUGCUCAUUCUCACAUGGAUUAUGGUUGGCUUAUGACCUCUUCAGAGUACUUCAAUAACUAUGUAAAAGUUAUACUUGAUGGGGUAUUGAAAAGUCUAGUCUAAAAUCCAAAAUUAAGAUUCAGUCAUGCAGAAAUAAAAUACUUUCAAAUGUGGUGGGCAAAGCUAGAUUAAAAGAAUCAAACUUAAUUCAAAAAAUUAGUUGUUAAUGGAUAGUUUGAAUUUUUGCAAGGAGGAUUAAUUUCACCUGAUGAAGCUUGUCCACUCUAUCAAGAUCUUUUGCUAAAUGCCAAAGUCGGGUAGGAGUUUCUCUAUAAAGAAUUUGGAGUAAUUCCAAAACACGCAUGGCAUGCUGAUUCAUUUGGGCAUUCUAGUACAUUGAAUCGCCUUUAUUAAUAGCUUGGCUAUUAAAGCUUAUUUAUUGGAAGGAUAAGUGAUGACAUAAAAAUUGAGUUAAAGUAAAAGUAGGAUCUUGCUUUUAUGUGGAGACCAACUUUCGAAUCAGAAAAUGGAGAUUUUGAAAAUGAAUAAUCGUUAUUUACCUAUGUAAUGCACUCAAAAUACCAAGCAGUAUGUGGGAUUGAAAUACAAGAAUUUUGGUAGAUGGCAACUGUGCCAAAGCAAAUGAAGAGAAAAAUCAAAGAGAUUGAAUCUACAACGCAACGUUAUUUGAACUGUCUAAGAGAUGUUGCUAGCUCUUAUAAAACUAAGAAUGUGCUUUUGACUAUAGGAGAUGACUUUGCUUACGUUUUUGCAAAUGAAACUUUCAAAUUUAUUGACAUGUUCAUCUAAAUUAUAAAUACUAAAUCUGAGGGAAAGUUUGAUAUGUUCUACAGCACUGUAGAUUAGUAUAUGCAAGACGUUGCUAGCGAAAUUGAGACUUAUAAUAUUUAGCUAAAAGAAUAUAAACAAGACUUCUUCCCUUUACUCAUGUAAUAUAAGCUCCAUUAUUGGAGUGGAUAUUUUACUAGUCGACCUAAUUUUAAGGAGAUUUCUAGGGACCUCAGUUAUAAUGCUUACUAAAGUUUAACAUUUUACUCAUAAUAUUUAAUCAAAGAUCUGGAAUCUAAAAUAUCGUUUUAAGAUAUUAGUAAUUUAUUACAAGACAGAGUAAGUGUAAUUUAGCAUCAUGAUACUAUAACUGGGACUUCUCGACAAAAUGUUGUAAAUAAGAACUAAGUGAUGAUAGAUUAGCUUUUAUAUGAUAAUGGCCUUGUUUAAUCAGGCUUCCUUAGAAUUGAAAUGAAAUUAUUAGGACUUCAUUUGAAUCAACUGAAGCUAAGUCAGCAUAAAGUAAAUGAGUUACUAUCUCCCAUUAUAAAUAUCCCAUUUAAAAUGUCUUUACUUCUGAUUAUUUACAACCCCUCUUUAGGAUAUUACUAGAAUCCAUAUGUAAAAAUAGACAUUGAUACAAUUUAGAUAGAGGCUUGGGAUUACGAAAAAAAUGACUUUAUACCAAUUGAUUAUUAAUAAAAUUGUGAAGCUUUUCCUGAUAAAAUAUUUCAAGAAUGUGAUACUUUUCUUGAUCAUACUAUAAAACCAUUGCAAUCUGGUGUAUUCAAGAUUAAUUAUAAAGAUGGUAGCGAGGAAAGUGAAAGACAUUUAGAUCAGAAUAGUAUAUUGCAAAUUAAGGAUAAAUCUAGAAUAAAAAUUGGGAAGGAAACUUUUGUAGACUUGAAAUUCCAACAUCCUUCGGAACCGUAAGAUUAAAGCCAAAAAGGUCCAUUCAGGGAUAAUGUUCCUGAUAUCCCGAAUGAAAUAAGAAAAAGAGAUUCUAUUCAAGAUGAUAAUGGUUCUAUUUUAAAAAAUAUAGAGUAGGUAGAUGGAUUAUAAAUAAACAAUUUUCACUGUAGUUUGACAAUAGUUAAUACAACUGAAACUACGAUAGUUUUUAAAUACAGAGAAUCAAAUCAUAUAUAAUCUGAAUAAGAAUAUGAGAGAUUAUUCAGUUUUGAUUUUAGAUAUUAUACUACAUACAGCAGAGGAUCGUUGCAGAAAGGUGGAAUUUACACUUUCAAGACAAUUGAUAGAGAUCCUAGAAAAUUCAAGCACUCUAUAUUAAGUAUUAAAACUAGAGAUGGUAUUAUUCCAACUAUGGUUAUUAUUUAUAAGGACUAAUAAUACAGGCACUAGAUUGUCAGGAUAAUACUACCACAAUAUGACUAAAAGAAAUAGUAAUGCCAACCAAUCGAGUUUAAUGUAGACUUUUCAGGUAUAGAUAUAAACACUGAGGUGACUAUUAAUUUUGAAGAUCUAGAAACUUAAAAUAAUGGAACUUUCUAUACAGACUCAAAUGGACUUGGCCUGAUCAAAAGAAAAUUCAAAAAUGAAUCAGACAUCGACAAAAUAAAGGCAUUAGCUCCUUAGAAUUUUUACCCAAUAAACUCAGCAAUAUUUUUAGAAGAUCAGAAUAAUCAGAAUCAAAUGAUCGUGAUGAAUGAUCGCACUUAAUCUGGAUCAGCCUUUAGGAAGGGUCAUAUAGAGUUAAUGUUUAACCGGAGAUCUUCAAGUUCUGAUGAUUUGGGUUUGCCAGAUAUGAUAAAUGAAUACGAUUAUAAAAAUUUCCCUAUUCAAACAAAUAAUCGAUAUUAUUUAGCAUUUACUUAAACUAGAAAGGCUGCUUUUGAUAUGAUAUUUGAACAUACAAUAAAAAGAGUCCAGAGUCCACUAGUAUAUUUUUACUCUGAAGAUUUUAGACAUGAAUUCAGUCCAAAACAAGAUCAACAACUCUUAUUGUUGAAAAAGAAAGAGACUUAAAGAAAGAUUUAUACUGAUUUCUUGAAAUCUAUGAAUGUUAUUGAUAUUAAACUAAUUCCUGAUUCCAACUUUAAGACUAUUUUGAUUAAUCUCGUCAUUUAUCCAAAUGAUGUAACAAAGUAGAUAGAUUAAUCGAAGUUGAUUGAAUAUUUAUGUGAGUAUAGUAGAUUUGAUAUUCCACGUGGAUGCUUAGACCUAAAGCAAUUCCAGAUUAAAAGAGUCAAACUUACAGGAUUAGAAUUUGAAAGUUAAGAAGAAAUGAAUGAAUUUGAUGAUUAUGUCUACAGAAUGGAAACUUAUAAAAUCACUCUCUGA